ACAGAGCGGACACUGAAGAGGACGAAGCUUCACGCUGCGACUCCAACUUUGGCAGAGAAGAAGAAAAAGUGCAGGUUGGAUUUAAGAAGAAAAGGAGACAAAGACAUUUCAGACUCUACUCAUAUAAACACAGUAAUGUUGUGAGUGCUGACCGGCGAACCAGAGUCACUUUGGGACUGAACUGAUCUGAAACACCUUGGAAGAGCUGAGAGAGCAGGUUUAAAAAAAAAUAAAAAAUGCGAUCCAGGACCUGCACCAUGGAGGGUCCAGACGACGGACACAUCCAGCCCACUAAAGGUUUCAUCAAGCAGGAGGAAAACACACCAGAGCUGACGAAGAGGAAGAUGAAAGUCCAGCGAGAGGAGAAUGACGGCAGGACGGGGGGGACAACGAGAAAACCUCAGAAACCCGCAGAGAGGAGGAAGUCAGCGACGGCGGAUCUGACAAAGGAGGACCUGCUUCGCCUGCUGGGAAUCAUGGAGGGAGAAGUUCAGGCCAGAGAGGACGUCAUCGGCCUGCUAAAGACAGAGAAGACCAGACCGGAGACUCUGGAGGCCCACUACGGUUCAGCUGUCCCCGCCAAACCCCUGCAGGCCCUGCAGAGAGACGGACUCCUCGUCCACAGCAACAAGAGCGCAGACGACGUGUACGAGAAACCCAUGGCCGAGUUGGACCGUCUGGAGGACAAACAGAAGGAGACGUACAGACGGAUGCUGGAGCAGCUGCUGCUGGCCGAGAAAUGUCACCGCCGCACCGUCGUGGAGCUGGACAACGAGAAACGCAAACACGCCGACUUCAUGAACAAGAGCGACGACUUCACCAACCUGCUGGAGCAGGAGAGGGAGAGACUCAAACGGCUGCUGGAGCAGGAGAAGGCCUACCAGGCUCGUAAGGACAAGGACCACAACAGGAGGCUGGAGAAGGUCAGAGCGGAGCUGGUGAAGCUCAAGUCCUUUGCCCUGAUGUUGGUAGACGAGCGGCAGCUGCACAUCGAGCAGAUCGACCAGCAGAGCCAGAAGAUCCAGGACCUCACUCAGAAGCUGCAGGAGAAAGAGCAGCGAUUGGCGGUGGCGACCGACGCCGCCAAGGAGGACGGCCAGAAGGUCCUGAAGCUGGAGGCCGAGCUGGAGCACAGAGCGGCCAAGUUCACGCAGGAGCACGAGGAGAUGAACUCAAAGCUGGCCAACCACGACUCACAAAGCCGACAGCUGAGGCUGAAGCUGGCGGGACUCGCGCACAAGAUCGAGGAGCUGGAGGAGAGCAACAAGGCGCUGCAGAAAUCAGAGGAGGACCUGCAGGAGCUGAGGGAGAAGAUCAGCAAAGGGGAGUGCGGCAAUUCGUCCGUCAUGGCCGAGCUGGAGAAUCUGCGGAAGAGAGUGCUGGAGAUGGAGGGCAAGGACGAGGAGAUCACCAAGACAGAGACUCAGUGCAGGGAGCUGAGGAAGAGGCUGCAGGAGGAGGAGAACCACAGCAAGGAGCUGAGGCUGGAGGUGGAUAAACUGCAGAAGAGGAUGGUUGAACUGGAGAAACUGGAGGGAGCUUUCAACAGGAGCAAAACAGAGUGUUCUCAGCUUCACACAAACCUGGAAAAAGAGAAACGUGUGGUGAAGGAUCUGGCCGGUGACCUGGACACGGUGAAAACCCGGCUGAAAGAACUGGAGUUGUCGGAGUCGAAGUUUGAAAAAGCAGAAAUGGUCUUCAAAGACGACCUCAUGAAGCUGAAGUCCUUCACCGUCAUACUGGUGGACGAAAGGAAAAACAUGGCGGAGAGACUCAAACAGGAAGAACAGAAAAGUGAUGAUUUAAGUAAGAUGUUCAAGGCAGAGCAAGGCAAGGUCACAGAGGUCACGGAGAAGCUGAUUGAGGAGAGCAAGAAGCUUCUCAAAUUCAAAUCAGAGAUGGAGGUUAAAGUGACGAUGCUCGCUAGAGAGAAAGAUGAGCUGAAAACAAGACUUGCAAGUGAAGAGGAAAAGUGUCGGGAGCUUAAUAAGAAGAUAAGUUGUAUGAAAAUAAGAGUGGACGGACUGGAGGAGACAGAGAGGGAAAUGCAGAGGAAGUGGGCCAACAGGGACAGUAACAAGAAUCCAGAUGAAGACAACAAAGUGAAAGAGCUCACGCUAGAAAUAGAAAGACUAAAGAGCAGGCUCAAACAACUGGAGGUGGUGGAGGGAGAUUUAAUGAAAACAGAGGACGAGUACGAUCUGCUGGAGAAGAAAUUCAGAACAGAGCAGGACAAAGCAAACGCCCUCUCUAAGCUGCUGGAAGAAAUGAAAAGUCAGAUCGCCAGAAACAAAGCGAUAGAGAAAGGCGAGGUCAUGAGUCCCGAGGCCGAGCUGAGGAUUCGCUGCAAGAUGGAGGAGGCUAAAACCAGAGAGCUGCAGGCGGACGUCCAGGCCCUGAAGGAGAAAAUCCACGAGCUGAUGAACAAGGAGGACCAGCUCUCCCAGCUGCAGGUGGAUUACUCCGUCCUGCAGCAGAGGUUCAUGGAGGAGGAGCAGAAGAGGAAGAGCAUGAGUCAGGAAGUGGACGGCCUCAUCAAGGAGCUGGAGGCCACCAAGCGCUACAGUCGCGCCUUGAGGCCGAGUAUGAACGGCAGGAGGAUGGUCGACGUCCCGGUGACCUCCACAGCGGUGCAGACGGAUGUGAUCGGCGGUGAGCCGGCUGAGGAUGAGACGACGGCGGGCUUUAUCCGAAAAUCAGUCCUCGAGGAAAACCACUUAAUGAGCAACCUCAGACAGCGGGGUCUUAAGAAGCCCACAGUCCUUGAACGUUACCCUCCGGCGUCUGCAGAACUCGGGGCGAGAAAGUCCUGGGUCCCCUGGAUGAAAAAGAGAGAGGCCAUCACUCUCACUCAGACCCCGUCUCAGAAGACCAACGGGACGUCCUUGCUCCCACCGGAAAUGACCAUGUCCCAAAAGCCGGGUCAGCCGCUGCACAUCCGAGUGACUCCGGAUCACGAGAACAGCACGGCCACGCUGGAGAUCACCAGCCCUCGAGCUGAGGAUUUCUUCUCCAGCACCACCAUCAUCCCGACGCUCGGCCUUCAGAAACCUCGCAUCACGAUCGUCCCCAAGCCCACGACCGUGAGCUCCAAGAGCAAAGCCUGCGACGCCGUGGGAGGUCUCGAUCGAGCCAAGUCUCCGGUCACGAUAACCACCAUCUCCAGGGCCAAGAGUCCGGAGAAGACCAGCGGCAGCAGCUCCGGCGGCCUUCAGUCUCCGGUGUCCAUCAUCACUGUCAGCACUACACCUGUGGCUGAAGCAUGUGCCUCACCUGAGCCUCACGAAAUCACCGCGACCCGCACGGUGAUCAAGAUGACCCCGGAGAAGCAACCGGGGCUUCCACCUGUCAGGAAAUACAGCGCCAACAGCAACAUCAUCACCACAGAGGACAAUAAGAUCCACAUCCACCUGGGCCCACAGUUCAAAAGGCCGUCUGAGGGAUGUGGCGGUCCCAUGCUGAAGCUCAAAACUCUCGGUAUGAGCUCAGAGAGCAAAGAAGCGUCGACAGGAACGGUGCUCCGGUCCCCACGGCAACCCGCAACGGGGAAGACGACCCCGAGCAAGAUGACGAGCAGCAUAACGAUCACACCCGUCACCUCGGCGGCCUCCAGGCCCACACAGUCAGUGUUGCUUCUGAAAUGUUUCAAAAUGAAAUCAGGUGGUGUGUGCUGCAUAGAUAGCGCUCUCUCCAGCCCGGUUCGGAUGUGCAGUCAGCUCGGAGCGCCGCCACACGGAUCCCUGUGUCAAAAGCGUGUUGGCCGUGACGCCCUCGAGGCCGCCGCUGCCGCCGCUGCACGGAGACUUUGGUGGAUCAAAUGUUUCUUCCUGGGAACAACAUCAGAGGCUGGGCAGGAUUGUUAAAAUCCCAUCAGAGCCUGGUCAUGCCAUGUCCCUCUUCCUCUGGGAAAACUGUAGAGGAACCUGGACAAGGACUUUCCUGCUGCAGUGAAGCUGCAUCUCAAACUUUUUGUUUCCUGAAUAAAAAUGUAGAGAUCAAUAUCAAUAUCAUAUCAAUAUUGUGAUAACAAUUAAUGGCCAACUGACUCCAGCUACAACUACAGGCUUUUACCUGUCUGGGCCCAUUAGUGUCACACUCUUUGUUAACUGCCUCAAAUAUUCAACAAUAAAAUACAGAUCAUUUAGCUUUAAUUUCCAUUUAAGUGGUGUGACUACAUGGAUUACCACCGUGGAAUAAUUCACCAAUUCUCACCAGUCAGAUGAAUUCCAGUCUGCUGGUAAAGUAUUACACCUGUGUUUGACACGUCAACCCCAACACUGAGCUCUUGAAACAUCUUCAAAACCUUGUUUUAUAAAUUCAAAAACUCUCCCUUUGUUUCAGAAAUAUCGUUGUCUUCCAGCUCCGCUAUGAUCCACUCAGCUGCUGGUUGACAUCAGUUCGUUCCUGACACCUAAACACCUAAAAUAUAUUAUAUUACAUGUUUUAUCAAAUAAUUACAUUCAUUCUUCAGAGAAUCAUCAUAAAUAAAUAUGAUCGUUGAGGCAAAAUGAGGAAACCAGAUCUGUUGUGAUUCUCUACCACAGGUUCAGUGAUGGAUUCAGCCAGCAGCCGGCGCUGAGCUGAGAUCUGAGGGUGUCUGAUGGGAGAUGCUGUUCUUUUAUCUGCAGAACCUCAUCAAGACACUGAGACAGAAACGUCUCUUACAUUAUACAAGACAUGAUACAAACAAGGCUGCAGUUUGAAAUGAAUAAAGAGCAGAAAGGAUGUCAUCUGCAGGUUCUAUACUGUAUGUGCGAUACGCAGUUUGGAAUAUCUGAAAUUAUGAUACGUGAAAGAUAUCAGAUCUAUUUUCACAUGUGAAUUUGGCACAAAACUGAUCAAUUUCCAUGAGAAUUUUUGGUUAAUACAUAUAAUCAAUAGAUAUAUUAACUAUCAUCAAUGCCACAUGACAGAAAAAGAAUCAGAAUAGGUUCCUUUUACCUGUUGGCUUUCAUUUUCUUUUUUUGUUUGAAAAUUGAGGAUUAUGAAAUUGUUCAAUAUAUAUAUUUUUGGCAUGAAGUAUUCCUGAGCUUCUGUUAUGUGUUAUAUGGUUCUGGACAGCUGAAUGUGGUUUAUAGUUGGAUUUUGAAAGUUGCUGAAUUACAUAGGUUGUACUGAAAGUAGGAAUGAUAAUGACAGCAAUGACAUGUGAGAUUUAAGUGUAUUUGAUGGUAUAGGAAAUACAGUAUAAGGAAUGAACCAUUUGCAUAUUAUCUGUGUUUAUCAAAACUGUUACACACACAAGUACAAAUUCAGAAUUUGAAGUUCUUCCGUGUUUGUUUUCUUCCCAAAAAGCCACUUAUAACAAAGAACGUGUUUUUCUGUUUAAAUUAAAUUUUAAACACACGUCAUACAUAUUCUUUUAAGUCCAUGUGAUUAUUUUCUGAUUGCUGUGAUAAAUCACACAGAAAUAAUGAUGCAUAAUGACUGACCACUUCUUCAUGAUGGAAGCAGGUACUGAAUAAAUACUGAACGUAUACACUCUGAACUGUUUGAUCGUGGAUUUGUCUGUCAGUCUAUAAUAAAUAAACUUC